AUGAAUUUUGAUGCUAAAACAGUGGACUUGAGUUAAAUAGAUAAAAAAAGGAUAUUUAAAUUAAUCCCAUUUCAAGCAAAUGCAAUAACUCUUUUAAAUUACAAGAAAACUUUAGCGAUUAAGAUUAUUGAACAAUAAAAAUCGAAACUCAAAGAUUUUGGGGAUUCAGAAUAAAAAUUUUGA